CUCUCUACUUAUCUCUGUUCUGAGAGCCGGAGCAAACAACAGAUUUUCACAAAAUUAGAAUUUUCACUAUCGAUAUAAAUCUCUAAUAUCAGUGUUUUUCCUUCAUGACCCUACUUGAAAUUACGACACAAUUUUCUUGAAAAAAAAUUGUAGAUGGCGAUGUGUCUAAUGUUAUUGUUCCGAUGGACUUGGUGUGUGUUAGAGCAAAAAAAAUUCUGCCGUUUGUAAUUGUUGCAAUUUUAUUUGUAUAAAAAUGCAUACUUUUAAACAUAUUACUUUAUAAUGUGAAAGAGUUAACAAUUCUCAAAAUAUUUUUUGAACAAAAUUAUAAAUAAAGUGAGUGAUUAAUUAUAAGUACAAAAUUAUCAAGCUAUCAAAAUUAUCAUUAAUUGUACAAUAUGUAUGUCUUUUUAUUUGACUUUACAUGCAGUAAUGUUUAGUAUGAUAUGACAACUAUGUUUUCAUGUGAAACUGAUCAAUCAUACUAUAGGGAAUCAGAUUGAAAUUUUUAUCUUACUUUCUGUUAAUAUAAAUAAAGCUGAUAAUCAUGGAAAAUCUAACGGGAAUAAUUAGAGCAGUAUAUUGUGGAUUUAUUGAUAGCCUGAAAGGGGCAAUAGUACUUUUUUAUAUGGAUAAACAAAUAAACGAAAAAGUACUUAAAACUUCUCCAGCUAAAACUGAUCAUCAUAGAAAAGAUUCAGCAACAAAUUACAGUUCUAGAUUAUCAAAAGAUAACGGAGAAUCUAAAAUAUUAAAAAGAACCGUUCAAUGUUGUGCAUUAAAUGGCGGUGUAUUUUGGGCAAGCAUAUUAAUAUUUGAAUGUGGACUGCUACCAUUUUUAAAAUAUUUACUUACUAUCAUUUUUGGUCAUUCACCAGGAAUGGGAAUGACGGUUUGGUCAUGGACUAAACCUUUUCUCUCCUGGACCUUUGGAACUGUUUGGGUUUUACCACUUUUUCUGCUGAGCAGAAUUGUCAACAGCUUAUGGUUUCAGGAUAUUGCCAACAGUGCGUAUCGUCACAGACAAGGCAGACCAUUAUUGCUUUCAAGUGUAAGCAAACUAGUGGCUGAUACAUUAUUCAGUAUCUUAGUCCAAGCGCUUUUCCUUGGCCAAGGAAUGCUUGUUUCACGAGUGCCGCUACCUCCAAUUGGAGAACUUCUUGCGCUUGUCCACAUGUGCCUUCUUUAUGCUCUCUAUGCUUUUGAAUACAAAUGGUGUAACAUGGGCUGGGAGCUUCAUCGACGACUUACUUUUAUUGAAGGCAAUUGGCCGUAUUUCGUGGGCUUUGGAUUGCCACUAGCUGUGCUUACUCAAUUACCGAAUUCUUAUGUUAUCAGUGGCUGUGUUUUUUCUAUUCUGUUUCCGUUGUUUAUCGUGAGUGGAAACGAAGCUCAGCCUGUUACUGGUGUCUGUGACUGCCCAUUAAAGCUUUUUUCGCCAGUAAUUGCCAUAGCCAAUACCCUUUUCAACAAAACUAUUGGACCAGCUCAGAGACGAUGACAUCCUAGUCGUUUGUCUUAAGUAAAUAAUAAUUAAAUUGGAUUAUGAAAUGAUGAAUUUUAUCCACAUGAGGAAGCUUUUUUAUUCAAAAAGUACUUUUAAGAGAGAAUGGAUGU